AUGUCUCACGAUACAGAUCUGUUAAUAUCAGUGCCACGUUCUUGUAUAACAGAAUUUUAUAAUAAAUACCUCAAUUUGGUAGAAACAUUUUACUAUGUCACAUUAACUGAGAAUAAAUCGUCUUACGCUAAAGAGAAAACGGAUUAUGUGUAUUUCAAUGUUAUUUUCAAUUUGAAUCCAGCUGAUGGAACCUUCAACCCUCGUGAGCUGGUUGGGCGGAUACAGAAAUAUGUCGAGUCAUCGUUGGGAUGGGUGGGCGAACGAGGCGAGGACUCGAGCUACGACUCGGAGUGCGAGGACGAGAGUGCGCACCGCGCCGCGUCUCGCACUCCGUCCGACACACUGGCCGCGGAGUUCGCAGAGUACGUCACACUCGCUCCACCGCAGCCGAACCAGGCAAAGAUCGAGUUUGCGGUAAAGUUAGGUUACUCGGAACGUUUAGCGCGUACGGCGUUAAUGCGUCUGGGCCCAGACCCGCCGCGGAACGAAUUGCUCGCGGAACUGAUAAAACUAGCGGCGAAGCAGCCGCCGCGGGCGCUGUCGCCGCCGCCGCCGGCUGAGCCCGACCCGCCGCCCGACCGCGCGCCUCUCCGGCACAUCGUCAUCGAUGGCAGCAAUGUCGCCAUGAGCCAUGGCAACAAAGAAGUAUUCUCGUGUCGGGGCAUAGAAAUAUGUGUGGACUGGUUCCGCUCCCGCGGUCACAAGGAUAUCACAGUGUUCGUGCCAAAAUGGCGCAAAGAGGCCUCUAGACCGGAUAAUCCCGUGGCAGACCGCGACGCUCUAGAAAGGUUGGAGCGGGAACGCGUACUUGUAUAUACACCGAGCAGACUCGUCGGCGGAAAGCGCCUGAUAUGCUACGACGACAGAUACAUUUUGAAAUUGGCCGCCGAAACUGACGGGAUAGUGGUAUCGAACGACAAUUAUCGCGACCUCGCCGCGGAGAGCCCAGAGUUCCGGAAAGUGAUCGAAGAGCGAAUUCUCAUGUACUCGUUCGUGAACGAUCGGUUUAUGCCGCCGGACGAUCCGUUAGGUAGAUCAGGGCCGACGCUGGAUGCAUUUCUCCGUGCGCCUCCAUCCCGCGCAGAUCCUCCCCCAGCUUGCCCUUACGGAAGGAAAUGCACUUACGGGAACAAAUGCAAGUACCACCACCCGGAACGCGCUGGUCGUCCGCAUAAAUCUGUUGCGGAUAGACUAUCAGAAAGCGCAGCGCGCGCUUUACUAAGAGCGCGUGAUCUUCACACGGUCAGCUUACCGCCAGGAGGUCGGCCCGCUGACAGUAAACGUCCAUUGGCCCGGGCACAUUCAGCGACGCCUCGCUUAGCCGACACCGCCCUCGCUACGCAUUUCGAAAGAGCGCAAAUGCAACUAGCCGGCCCUUCCCAGCCACAGAUGCCUCAAAUGACACAAAUGCCCCAACCGAUGACACAGCCUGAACCAAAUGCACAUCGUAAACUCGUGCGACAAUUGACGCUGAACCCAGCGUGUGACCCGCGACUUUCGCAUACAGCAGCGGCGAGAGUAGCCUCUGCGCCUGUCGGAGUGACGGGUGCUGCGGGCUCGCAUAUGUCGCCUUGUGCUUCCGACGGGGCUUUACAACAUUGGGACGCCCGACGACGUAUGCAUUUCCACCUGACCGGCAUUUUCCCUGAAGCUCAAGUCGCCGAAGCUAUGGCCAUGUACCCAGAAGAAACGGACGCGCAGACCAUGUGCGCCAUCAUCCUGGCGAGAUACAGACCGAGCGAAGCGCAGCUCCCUCGACAUCUUCCGCACUGA